AAACGCUAAACAUGGCGACUGCGGGGACUACACCCUUGAAUGUGGUCUCAUCAUUUUUCUCAAAUCUUCUUGGAGUUCGAGCGGCGGAAGUCAACUUCUUAAUUUGCCAGUUUACAGCCUUUUUCUAUUCCUAUCUGUUCCGAUGGUUCUUGAAUCCAAGAAAAGUGUCGCCAACUACACGGCACAUCAGUCAAAUUCUACUGGGUGUUCUGCUGGCUUGUAUAUCAUUUGGAUGGGGCAUCCUUCAUAUUCUCGUCGGUGCUGGGGUCAGCUUCCUCAUGAUCCUGACCUUUGACCCCAAAGUGGUGCAGUACUAUGUCUUUGUUUUUUCCAUGUUGCACCUAUCCUAUGUGCAUCUGUAUAUGCAAGUCCGCAACGCUGGAGUGGGCAAUCUGGACUAUAUUGGGCCCAUGAUGAUUCUGACAGUGAAGACAAGUGCUCUUGCUUUUGGCAUACAUGAUGGAUUGACCAAAGAUGAGUCAAAGUUGAACAGUCUUCAGAGAGAGUUGGUCGUCAGGAGGUAUCCUGGAUUCCUGGAGUACUGGAGCUACAUCUUCUGUCCACAAGGGCUCCUCGUUGGUCCAGUCUGCUACUUCUCCAGCUACAUGGAUUUCAUCCGGGGGAAGAACUUCACUCGGACAGUCAAAGAUGAGAACGGUGUGGAGAGGAUUGUUUAUGAAGAGCCAUCUUCUGUGAGGGCUGUGACGAUCAAAUCACUCUUUGCUCUGUUCUGUGGUAUUGUUCUCGUGAUGCUUGUGCCCAAAGUACCAAUUUGGGGAAACAUGUCUGAUGAAGUUCUGAACAGUCCAUCCGUCUUGUACCGAUUGGGAUAUCUUCUAGUGUCUGUGGAAGUUGCCAAGUCCAAGUACUUCUUUGGCUGGAUGUGGGCGGAUGCUAUCAGUAAUGCAGCAGGUCUUGGUUUUGUUGGGUACGACAAGAAAGGCAGAGCGGAUUGGUCAGGAUUGCAGAAUGUUGAUGUCAUCGGGUUCCAGACUGCAACAAGCCUAAAGUCACUGAUCGACAGUUGGAACAUCAGAUGCACCAUGUGGCUGAAGUAUGUCUGCUACGACCGAGUUCCUUUCCAGAAGCGCUUGUUGACGUUCAUCCUGUCUGCAUUCUGGCAUGGAUUUUACCCAGGAUACUUUGCAACUUUCAUCUCGGGAUCGCUCCUCGUAUCUGCAGCGGCCAAAGUCAGAUACGCGAUGAGGCCCUACUUCUUAUCAUCACCUCAGAUGAAGCUGUUCUAUGAUGUCUUGACAUGGUCCUGUACUUACUUUUCUCUGGCUUAUAUCAUCACACCGUUCACAUAUUUGAGACUGGAACCAACUCUGCAGUUUUUCAAUUCCUACUAUUGGUUUCUGCACAUACUGUCAGUACUAGUUCUCCUGACGUUUCCAUCAAGAUCCUCGUCCUCUGGUAAACCUAAGAUCACUCACAAGACCGACCAGAACGGAUUCAACGUAUCAGAUCACUCCGACCACAGCCAGAGCAACGAAGCAACAAGUAUCAGAGAUGUAGUAACUGAAACACAAAGAGUAAAUGGCAGAAAGGGAAGGUAAAACCCUUUGACCUUUUGAGGGUCAAAGGUUGGGGGUCAAAGGUUGCGGGUCUAACGUUGCAGGUCAAAGCUUAAUGUGAUAUCGCAGUAAAAUUAAGUUAAGUCUGUUACGAGCCGAUGUGGCCCAUCAGGCCGGCGUUUAUCUCCGGUUUCAGUGACAUAAAACAACUGAGAAUAUUUCUAUUUCCCCUGGAUGAGAUGCUAGUCCAUCGCAGGUUACUCCCCAGCUAAUGCUGGUAC